AUGAGGUCCUUUUUCAACUAUUCGUUACUUCCGCUCGUCUUGUUCCCACCGUCAACUUGCUUGGGAAGUGUGGAUGGCAUAAACGAGUCCCAGCAUGACCUGUACGCGAAUCCAGCAUUUCACCACCCUGUAAAACGCCUUUCAGUUCCCUCUGCCGAGAGAUUUGAGGCCAACUAUGGACGCUACGCGGCCAAAUUGGAGAAUCGAGACAGCUUGGUCCGUCCCGACUGGGAGGCAGCGACAAAGCGAGCAAAGGAAUAUCUACAAGGAUGGUCUGUGGAGGAUCUGGUGACGUUAACAUCCGGGAUUGGAUGGGCAAAAGGACGUUGUGUCGGAAAUAUUGCCGCCAUCAAGACCAAAGACUUUCCUGGUCUCUGCCUUGAGGAUUCGCCCCUCGGGGUCCGGUUCGCGGACCGGGUCAGCGUGUUUCCAGCUGGAGUCAACACUGCCGCAACCUUCAACCGGGAUCUCAUGAGAUGGCGGGGUAUCGGGCUAGGCAAAGAGUUUCGCGGAAAAGGCGUUCACAUUGCGCUGGGACCUAUGAUGAAUAUGGCUCGAGUGCCAGAAGGAGGUCGAAACUUUGAAGGUUUUGGCGCAGAUCCUUGGCUUGCUGGCGAAGCCGCAUACGAGACCAUUGUCGGAAUGCAGAGUCAAGGUGUACAAGCAUGCGCAAAGCACUACCUCAACAACGAACAAGAACACGGAAGGAGAACGACAACGUCAGAGGUCGAUGAGCGAACGCAGCACGAACUGUAUCUACACCCCUUCCUCCGAUCAGUUCAAGCCGGCGUGGCCUCGGUAAUGUGCUCCUACAACCUCAUCAAUGACACAUAUGCAUGCGAAAACGACGUUUCCCUCAACAAGUGGCUCAAAAAGGAGCUCAACUUUGAGGGGUAUGUGAUGAGCGACUGGGACGCAAACCACUCGACGGAAUCGGCGAAUCACGGUCUGGACAUGACGAUGCCCGGCGAUAUACAAAGCGAUGGUACAGACAAGUACUUUGGUAAUCGUCUCGUCCAGGCAGUGAAAGACGGCAAGGUCAAACGCGAGCGGCUAGAGGAUAUGGCUACGCGAAUCGUGGCCGCUUGGUUUGCCCUUGGACAAGAUAAAGACUAUCCAGAGGUCAACUUUGAUGCCUUUACUUCGUGGGGGAAGCACAUUGAUGUGCGUGACGACCACGACAAACUCAUUCGCACCGUCGGAGCGGCGUCGACAGUGCUGUUGAAGAAUGAACGUAGCGCGCUUCCUCUUAUCCAGCCCGUCUCGAUGGUGCUCAUCGGCUCAGACGCCGGCCCGCCUCUCAAAGGACCAAACUUUUAUCAGGACCGCGCAGGACUGGAUGGCGUUCUUAUUCAAGGGUGGGGAUCCGGGACCUGUGAUGCUCCUUAUGUCAUCUCGCCUCUGGAAGCGAUCCAGAGCAGGGCCAAGGACGACCACACAUCGCUUUCCUGGUUCCUCGACGACUUUGAUCUGGAGAAUGCUGCAAAGGCCGCCAAGGGAAAGGAUGUCGCAAUGGUUUUUAUCGCAGCUACAGCAGGAGAAGAGUAUCUCGUCGUCGACGGCAAUGUAGGCGAUCGCAAUAACCUGACCGCCUGGCACGGAGGAGACGAUCUCGUCAGGACUGUUGCCGCCCACAACUCUAACACUAUUGUGGUCGUUCAUUCUGUAGGGCCAAUCGACAUGCCCUGGGUGGACCACGAGAACAUUACCGCCAUUGUAUGGGCGGGUGUACCUGGUCAAGAAGCAGGAAAUGCUCUCGCUGACGUUCUUUACGGUGACUGGAACCCGAGUGGUCGGUUACCGUAUACCAUCGCGCGCAAGGAGAGCGACUACCGCGUGCGAAUUCAAUGGAAUCGGCAACAAGUGCACUAUAAUGAAGAUCGGAGCAUCGACUAUCGUUAUUUCGACGCACACCUCAUCGAACCACUCUUUGAAUUUGGCUUUGGACUUUCAUAUACAAAGUUUGAAUACUUUGGACUUCAGUCUAGCUUUUCAGAUGAUUUUGCACCAGAAGACGCGCAAUGGCGUGCGGGAAAGCCAACGUCCAAGGCACAUGAAGUGGGUAGUGCACUCCAAGACUGGCUACACCGCAAAGUCUUCACCGUCUCUUUCCGUAUCCAAAACGUCGGAACACGCUAUGGUGCCGACAUUCCACAGCUCUACGUUGGGUUCCCACAAGAGAAUACAGGCGACCCACCAAGGGUGCUCAGAGGAUUCGAUAAUGUUCCUCUGAAUCCAGGUGAGACACAGACGGUCGAAUUCAAACUGUCUCGCUACGACUUGUCGAUAUGGAGCGUCCAACACCAAGCGUGGGUCGCACCUCCUGGCAAACCCCUCAAAUACAAACUCUUCCUCGGCACGAGCAGCCGCGACUUCAAGCUCAAGGGAACGUUGCAGCUCUAA